AUGUCGCUCUUCGGAAACACUGCGAGGGCACCGACAGCCUCCCCUUUUGGCGCCUCUUUGUCGGGCUCGACAGCCUUGUCGUCGAACGCUCAGGCUCCAGCAGGAUCAGGAGCUCGGCCGUCUGUGUUUGGCUCCAGCCUCUGGGACACGUCCGCGAGUGGUAUCAACGCCGCGCGUCCGGCUGGAAACCCUCUCUUUGGCGUCGGAGGUACCGGAGCGGGCACUGCCACUUUGACUGGCAGCACCACGGCGCCCAACUUCCAGUCGUCCACGUUCAAUGCAUCGACAGCGACGGUGCGGCCUGCCGGCACCGGGGCAUACUUUGACAGCCUGUUGGCCAAGAGCAGGAUGCGAUCAGAGUCGGGCGAGGGUGGGGCGGGCAGCGGCAGCGGUGGUCUUGGGGCGGCCGCUGGCAGUGCAGACCUGCCCAGCCUGCACCUCGGCCUGGGCGACCUGCGUCAGAAGCUGCGCAAGCUGGGACCGCGGGGUGCUGGGAUGGGUGAGAGCAUCGGUGGCAGCGGGGCAGCCGGUGGGCCUGGCACCUCUCUCUACGACGGCAAGGCACACUACAUCCUGGCGGCAUCGGGCGUGGACCCGGGGGCGGCCGUGCGGGACCUGGGCAACCUCAGCAUCUACGCGUCGACACGGCCGACGGCGGGUGCGGGUGCCAGCUUUGGGCCCGGUGGAGCGGUGGCUGCUGGUGGCGGCGGCACGACGGCAGAGGUGGACGUGGACACGUAUCUGGCCAACCUGCAGACCAAGACGACGCUCAGCAUGAUCAACGACGGGCUCGAGCGGUCAGUGCGCGACUUUGACAGCUUCCUGGAGGACAAUGUGACGAUGGAGUGGGAGGCGCAGCGCAAGCGGAUCUACGAGCACUUUGGGAUCAAGACGCGCGAUGAGCUGGCCGGAGCGGGUGGCGCGUCACGAUACGGCGACACGAUGGGCGGGGCUGGAGGCGGAGGUGCCGGGGGUGGCGGGUUCGGGCGGUCGCGUCGCCGGCAACAGCAACAGCAGCAGCAGCAGCAGAACAACUCGCAGACGCCGGGGCCCAAGGCGGGUGGCAGCGUGUUUGGGCGGUCGCGCAUGCAGAAGUCGGUGAUCGGGUCAGCCAGCCGGAUCGGGUCGCAUGCGUCGGAGUUCACGGACGUGGAGACGGCAGGCGGCAGCAGCAGCGGUGGCAGCGGCAGCGCGGCGUCGGUGGAUGAUCGGUACACGCGCGAGAAGCAGGGGCGGCUAGCAGAGACGAUCCACCGGCUCAACGACUGCCGGAUCGCGUCGGCGCCGUUCCCGAUCCUCAGCGAGAUGGUGGCGGUGGAAGACGGGCUGGGCGGCGACCGACACCAUGCGCUGGUCAGCGACGCAUUCCGGGCGCUGGCCGGGAUCGUGGGUGAGGACGCAGACUCAGUGCACCAGGCACACCACACGCGGGGCGAACCGGGGCCGCGGCAGCGGGCGUUUGCGCGAGCAUACCUUGACCCCAACCCGAGCAGCGCCGGGGCGAUCUCGGUGCGGCAGCAGAUUCUGAACGGGGCAAACCGGUUCCUGGAGCGACGAUUCUUCGCCGAGGUAGAGGCACAGAUCGCCAAGUUUCCGCAGGAGGCCAGCCUGGGCGGGCGGCCGGACGUGGUCAGCAAGAUCAAGGCGUAUAUCCGGGUGCGGGCAGCGCAGAAGAUGCUGGUGCCAGACAACGUGGAUCUGCAGCAGGUACAGGGUGAAUAUGUGUGGGCGGUGAUAUUUUAUCUGCUGCGGUCGGGCCACGUGACAGAGGCGGCGCAGUACGUCAACGACAACCAGACGCAGAUCCGCGGGAUCGACCGGGUGUUUGCGAGCUACAUCAACAGCUACGCGACGAGCGACGACCGACGGCUGAAGCGGGCGAUGCAGGAGCGGUGCAGCAGCGACUACACGCAGCGGGCACGCAACGCACCAGAGGGCUCGGUGGACCCAUUCCGGAUGGCAUGCUACAAGGUGAUCGGGCGGUGCGAUGUGGGCAACCGGAGCCUGGACAACCUGCAGACGGACGUGCACGACUGGAUAUGGCUGCAGUUCAACCUGGCGCGCGAAGGUGACCGGGCCGCAGAGCUGGCGAGCGAGAUGUACGGACUGGCAGAGCUGCAGGAGACGGUGCGGGACAUUGGGCAGAAGCACUUUGCCAAGAACGCGGCGGGCGUGGCGGACGGGUCGUUUGCCAUGUUUUUCUAUCUGCAGGUGUUGGCGGGGCUAUUUGAGCCGGCGAUUGCGUACCUGUACUCGUUUGCGUAUGUGGACGCGGUGCACUUUGCCAUUGCGCUGGAGUACUACGGACUUCUACGGACGCCGGACGCGAGUCUGGCAGCGGCGAACGAGCUGCUGAGCCACAACACGCGCGGGCUGCCGCAGAUCAACUUUGCCCGCAUGAUCGGCUAUUACACGCGCGAUUUCCGGGCGGCCAACGUGGCGGCUGCGGUGGACUAUCUGGUGCUGAUCUGUCUGGGGGAUGACGGAGAGCAACAGGUACAGGCGCAGACGCAGGCCACGGCCGGGGCCAAGGAGCAGACGGCAGCCGCGGUGCUGUGCUACGAGGCGCUGCGCGAGCUGGUGCUGGAGACGCGCGAGUUCAGCAAGCUGAUCGGCGACAUUCGGCCGGACGGCACGCGGAUUCGUGGUCUGGUCGAGGAGCGUGGUGGGCUGAUCGCAUUGGACCGCGAGCAGGACUUUGUCCGGGCGAUCACGCUGCAGGCGGCACGUGACGCGGAUGACGGUGGGCGGACGACAGACGCCGUGCUGCUGUAUCACCUGGCGGGCGACUACGACACGGUGGUGGUGAUUGUGAGCCGGGCGCUGAGCGAGGCGAUCGCGCUGGAGAUUGGCGAGGAGCCCAUGCGUCUGGUGCCGGUGAAGCCGCGGGUGGAAGGCAACGGCAACGGCAACGGAAACGGAGACGCGAGCGUGUCGACGGCGCGGUCAGGCAGCAGCCUCAGCCUGGCAGCCAUUGACGAUCCGGUGGAGCUGGCACAGACGAUGAUGACCAUGUACGAGCGCGACAACAUGUUCCGGCGGCGGAUCCGGGAGGAGAACCGGAUUGCGUGCAGCGUGCUGCUGCAGAUGAGCGAGAUUAAGGGAUUGGUGGAGGCUCGCAAAUGGCCACAGUGUCUGGAUAGAAUUCGCGACCUCGAGAUCCUGCCGCUGCAGGCCGGCGGCGACCCCAGCAUGAUCCGCAGCUUUGCAGCACGGUUCCCCGGCUUGGCGCAGCCGGUGGCCAUCAACGUGCCGAACCUGCUGAUGUGGACGAUCCUCUGCUGCACGCAGCAGCGCGGACGCCUGCUGAGCGGCCAGUUCAGCGGCAACGAGUCAGCGUCGCGCAUGCUGGCCGACGAGCUCAAGCAGAUCUGCGUCGACCUGACCGCCUACACGAGCCAGCUGCGGUACCGCUUCCCGCCAUACCUGCACGAGGCGCUGGCACGGGCAUCGGCUGAUUGA